AUGCCAGAAACGGUGUUCGUUAGGCUAAGGCGGCGGGAAAGGCGACACGCGCUUGAGCGGUGGCGUGACCGGUUAGAACAGCCGGAAUACUCACGCAAGCGCGUUGUCGAAGCCAUUCUGGCGCACUUCGAAGCCUGGCUGAAGAGAGAGGAGCGCAUCUCCUUCAGGCUCACUCAGGUGCUGACCGGACAUGGUUGCUUCGGUGAGUACCUGAACAAGAUUGGGCGAGAGGCUACAACAAAUUGCCACCAUUGCGAAAGCAACUUGGAUUCCGCACAGCACACGCUUGAAGAGUGCCCAGCGUGGGCCUCAGAGCGGCGGGUCCUAGUUGCCAGGAUCGGGCGAGACCUGUCUCUGCCAGCAGUAGUUACGGCUAUGCUGGCAGAGACAGAAAACUGGAGGGAAGUUGCCACCUUUUGUGAGACUGUAAUGUCCCAAAAGGAGGCUGCUGAGCGGGAUCGUGAGAGGGCCGAUCCCACACGUCGAAGGCGUCGAGGAAAUAACCGCCGCGGCGCCUAA